AUGAACAUCACGGUUAUUGUUUCCUUUAUCUGUACGUUGAUCACAUCUCUAGUUUUUCAUGCCAGAGGUCUGCAUUAUCAAUACCCUGAGGAACUGUACGUCGCUCCGUCACAAGCCUACAUUCCCUCAAUGUCACCUUCUCACGAUUCUUCGAAUUCUCCGUCUUCUAGUCCUUUAGCCCCCGCCUUGUUCGUCAUCGGAGAUUCCUCUGUUGAUUCCGGUACCAACAACUUUCUCGGCACAUUUGCCCGCGCCAAUCACCUUCCUUAUGGCCGAGACUUCGAUUCCCGCCAACCCACUGGACGCUUCUGCAAUGGCAGGAUUCCCGUCGACUAUCUUGCUCUGCGUCUCGGCCUUCCUUUUGUCCCAAGUUACCUUGGGCAGACUGGGGAUGUGGGGGAUAUGAUUCACGGCGUAAAUUACGCUUCUGCUGGCGCUGGCAUUAUUCUCUCAAGCGGCUCAGAAUUGGGUCAGCAUAUCUCCUUCAAUCAGCAAAUUCAGCAGUUCAGUGACACCAUUCAGCAGUUCAUUCUAAGUAUGGGCGAGGAUGCUACAACCAGUCUCAUAUCCAAGUCUGUGUUUUACAUUUCAAUUGGAAUCAACGACUAUAUACAUUACUACCUGCUCAAUGUAUCUAACGUGGAUAAUAUGUACCUCCCAUGGAGGUUCAACCAGUUUUUAGCAUCUUCAGUGACACAAGGGAUAAAGAAUUUAUACAACGCAAAGGUUAGGAAAGUGGUGGUUAUGGGACUUGCACCAAUUGGCUGUGCUCCGCACUACUUGUGGCAGUAUGGUAGUAAAGAUGGAGAGUGCAUCGAGCAGAUAAAUGACAUGGUGAUGGAGUUUAAUUUUCUCAUGAGAUACAUGAUAGAGAAGCUUACUAAGGAGUUAGCUGAUCUCAAUAUCAUCUUCUGUGAUGUUUUGCAAGGUUCCAUGGAUAUUCUAAAGAACCAUGAACGUUACGGCUUUAAUGAGACUAAGGACGCAUGCUGUGGAUUUGGGAAGUACAAGGGGUGGAUCAUGUGUUUAUCGCCAGAAAUGGCGUGCAGUAAUGCUUCCACCUAUAUAUGGUGGGACCAGUUCCAUCCAACUGAUGCAGUGAAUGAAAUUCUGGCAGACAAUGUAUGGAAUGGCCUGCACACUAGAAUGUGUCAUCCUAUGAAUUUGAAAGACAUGGUAAUCGACAAGGACGAAUAG